AUGGACGCGAAUGGAAAACUCGGAAGAAACUCAUCGCAAGAGUCGGAAUCGUCUGGCAGCGGAAGCGCGUUUCAGAACAACGAUUUAAGCUUCUUCAAUGGUUCAUUUGAUAUGAUGUUCCAAGGCAAUUUCCCAUUGUUCAAUUUGAUGCAAGAAAACAUCUUCUCACCAAAGCCUUAUGUAAAAUCGGAGAACUGCCGCCUCGCCGCCGUCACCAACAACGAGAACAAUGCGCCAAUCGCGAAGCAACCUUAUGACUUCCGCGACUUUAACGAAUGCUUCGAGCCGUUGUACUCGGCAGCGCCGUCGGUUGCCGCGACGGGCAACACCUCGUUUGUCGGCAACAUGUUCGGCAACGUUCGCUCGACACGCCUUCUUCCUUCAUGGGCUGUCAACUCGAACGGUCAUAUUCGUAGCGAUUUGACCCUGUUUGAAGUGAUGAAGAAUGGCGCGCUUAUCGAUUUCGCCAUGGAUCGCACUGGUGUCAAGUUCCUCGAGCAGAACUAUCCAUCGGACCCUAACAAUGAGCUUCAUAUUCUUCUGUUUGAAAAACUCACAGAGCAGAUUGCUGUCUUCUCGGCUCUCUGCCGCAACUCAGCUGGCAACUUCAUUGUUCAGCGCUUCGUUGAGUUCUCGAAUCUCAAGGAGCAAGAACGUCUUGUCGAGAUUAUGUGCGCGUGCAAUCUCGCCGACAUGUGCCUUGAUAAGUUCGCUUGCCGUGUUGUGCAGCAGGCCGUUCAGAAGUUCGACCUUCAAAUCGCCAGCAGACUCGCCCAGGAGCUCCGCCAUGCCGAUCUCUUGCCAUUGUGCACAGAUCAGUGCUCGAUUCAUGUCAUUCAGCGCAUUGUGAAGACGCUUCCAAUUAAUACAUGGGAUUUCUUCGUCAAGUUCUUGUGCAGAGAUGACAAUCUGAUGAAGGUUUGCCAGGAUAAAUACGGAUGCCGACUUGUUCAACAAACCAUUGACAAGCUCUCCGACAAUCCGAAGUCUACCUGCUUCAAUACUCGCCUUCAACUUCUUCAUGGCUUGAUGACGUCGGUUACUCGCAACUGCUACCGUUUGGCAUCCAACGAAUUCGCCAACUAUGUUGUGCAAUAUGUCAUUAAGUCGAGCGGAAUUAUGGAAGUUUACCGUGACACGAUCAUCGAGAAAUGUUUGCUCCGCAAUUUGUUGUCGAUGUCGCAAGACAAGUAUGCAUCGCAUGUUGUUGAAGGCGCGUUCCUUUUCGCGCCGCCAAAACUCCUCUGCGAGAUGAUGGACGAGAUCUUCGAUGGAUAUGUCAAGGAUCAGGAGACAAAUCGAGACGCGCUUGAUAUUCUCUUGUUCCAUCAAUAUGGAAAUUACGUUGUGCAGCAGAUGAUCUCGUUGUGCACGUCGGCACUUCUCGGCAAAGAAGAACGCCGUCUAUCAAUGGGAGAGCUUUCGACAUAUGCUGCUUGGUUCGACAGAAUCCGCGAGAGAGUCAAUAAGCAUGCUCCAAGACUUGAACGAUUCUCUUCGGGAAAGAAGAUAAUCGAAUCGCUUGCUAAAAUGCAAAACUUUAAGCUCGUCAAGAAGGAGGAAGAGUACCCGUUGUGGGCUCUGCCGCCGUCGCCGUCUCCGCUUAACGACGUGACCGCUUCGUACUUGAAUCGUCUUCCGACUCAUUCGUCGGUGUUCGACGAUUAA